AUGACGCUUUUUAUUCUUACCGAGACCAGUGCAGGCUAUGCCCUGCUGAAGGCCAAGGACAAAAAGCUCCUCAAGCGCGAUGAUUUGGCCACCGAAACCGCAACUGCUGAAGGAGUCUCCAAUCUGCUGAAGCUGAAGCACUUCCAGAAGUUCGACAGUGCGGCCACCGCCCUUGAAGAGGUUGCUGCUCUUAUUGAAGGCAAAGUCACGCCUCGUCUGGCCAGCUUGCUUGACUCCAUCAAAGACGAGAAGAAGGUGUCGUUGGCGGUUGCUGAUCCCAAACUUGGAAAUGCUAUUGGGAAGCUUCCUGGGCUCUCGAUCCAGCCCAUUGCCGACUCCUCCACCACAGACCUCUACCGCGCCAUCCGGGAGCAUCUACCGACGUUGAUCCCGGGUCUGGUUCCUGAGGACAUGUCUGCCAUGUCACUUGGUCUGUCCCAUUCCCUCGCCCGACACAAACUGAAGUUCUCUCCGGACAAGAUCGACACCAUGAUCGUUCAGGCGAUUGCGCUCCUGGACGACCUGGACAAGGAAUUGAACACAUACGCCAUGCGUGUGAAGGAGUGGUACGGGUGGCACUUCCCGGAAAUGGCGAAGAUUGUCAACGACAAUAUUGCAUAUGCGAAGGUGGUUCUGAAGAUGGGCAUGCGGUCAGACUGGGAGAAGGCUGAUCUCGCCGAGAUCCUUCCUGAGGAAAUUGAAAAUGCCGUCAAGAACGCGGCUGAUCGCUCGAUGGGUACGGAGAUCAGUGUGGAGGAUCUGGAGAACAUCCAGGCCCUGGCCGAGCAAGUCGUCAGCUUUGCUGAGUACAGACAACAGCUUGCGAGCUAUUUGUCGGCCCGUAUGACGGCUAUCGCCCCUAACCUGACUGCCCUCGUUGGUGAGCUGGUUGGUGCACGGCUGAUCGCUCAUGCCGGAAGCUUGAUGAACCUGUCCAAGAGCCCUGCCAGUACAAUUCAGAUUCUGGGUGCAGAGAAGGCUUUGUUCCGCGCCCUGAAGACCAAGCACGACACUCCUAAAUAUGGUCUCAUCUACCAUGCCUCUUUGGUCGGACAAGCCACGGGCAAGAACAAAGGAAAGAUGGCUCGUAUACUCGCAGCUAAGGCAUCUCUCGGUCUUCGUGUGGAUGCCCUUGCCGAUUGGGAUGAUGACGCUACAGAAGAGGACAAGGCUGCCUUGGGUAUGGAGGCCAGAUACAACCUCGAGAGGAAGUUGGCUGCGAUGGAGGGCAAGCCUCUGAAGCCAAGAGGUGUUGCCAUUGCUCCUAAUGGCGUCACUACACAACCUAAGAAGUUCGAGAUUAGCGCGACUAGGAAAUACAACGCGGAUGCUGAUGCUGUUGCUGGCGAUGAAUCUGCCUCAUCGAAGAAGGACAGGAAGGACAAGAAAGAGAAGAAAGAGAAGAAGUUGAUCGAGGAGGUCAAGUCGCAAUCUGAGUCCGAAGAUGAGGAGAUGGCCGACGCGCAGUCCGAUGAAGACGAAGAGAUGGAGGACAAGCCCAAGACCAACGGCGACGCGCACGAGGAUGAAUCCUCUGACUCCGAGGAGGAGGAGGAGAAGGACAAAUCCAAGGACAAGAAGCAGAGUGAUGUGGAGAAAAUGGCCGAGAAGGCCGGUCUCAGCGUCAAGAGAUAUCAACGGAAGCUCGAGCGCGGCGAGAUCAAAUUUGACGCCAAUGGUAACCCCAUCGUUAUCAGCAAGAAGGAGCUGAAGAAGCUUAGGAAAGAGGCCAAGAAGGCUGCCAAGGCCGAGGGAAAGAAGCGAAAGAGGGAGGAAGAAGGCGAUGAGGCGGGCAAGGCCGAAAAGAAGAAAAAGAAGAAGAACAAGGAGUGA